AUGUCUGCUAACCAUCACCCCCACCACCCACAACCACCCACCAUCACCACCACCACCUGCCUCCAUCACCAACCACAACAGCCCCUACCACCUACCCACCCAUCCCCAUCAUUCGACUCUAUCACCACCACUUGCCACCACCCACACAAACCAUCACCACCACCUGCCUCCACCAUCCAUCACCACCACCCAUCUCCACCACCAACUAUCACCCACUAUCACCACCCCCACUACCACUACCAAUCAUUACCACUCCCAUGCAUCACCACCACUUACCACCCCCACCACCAACGAACACCACCCACAUCCAUUAUCCAUCAUCACCCACCCACAUCCACUACCCAUCAUCACCCACCCAUCUCUACUACCCAUCACUAUCUCCCAUUACAACCACCCACUAUCAUCACCACCACCCAUCACCAUGACCAACCACAACCCAUCACCACCACUAUCCAUCAAAACCACCUGCCUCCACCGCCUCGCAUGUAA